AAAACCACUCACAAUUCCACUAAGAGACGUGUUCACGAAAACGACGUUGGACGUGGUGAUAGAUCCGCGUUUAGAUUAGAACCACCGUAAGAUUUGAACACGUGGCAGCAGAUAUUUCACAAUUUCCCUAUAAAUACGAGUUCAAACCUUGCUUCUUUCAUUCAGUACUUUGUGUUGUUUGAUUGUGUCUUAAAUCAGCUUUUGUUGUUUGUUCUUGUGUUUGAUCCAUUUCAUCCUCUGAAAAUGUCUUGCUGUGGUGGAAACUGUGGUUGCGGUACUAGCUGCAAGUGCGGCUCUGGCUGCGGAGGGUGCAAGAUGUAUGCUGAUUUGAGCUACACCGAGGCAACAAGCUCUGAGACACUGAUCAUGGGAGUUGGAUCUGAGAAGACUCAAUUUGAGAGUGCUGAGAUGGGAGCUGAGAAUGAUGGCUGCAAAUGUGGAGCAAACUGCACUUGCAACCCUUGCACCUGCAAAUGAAGUGGUUUUUACCCCGUUUAGUGGCAGGAUAAUAAGUUAUGAUUAUGUACUAGUAUGUUUUAUGUGAACUCUGGUGUUUUAUUUAAAUGUCAAACGCCCUUUUGGAGUUAUAGAAUAAAAUAAAGUUGUUUGUUA